AUGGCAUCGUAUCAUUGGGUUGGAGAAAAGGCAAUUCCUUUUUUAAAGAAAGAUCCAAACAUGGGAGCAAUUAAGUUGCAAAAUGAGUUGCAGGAGAAGUAUGUCACCACAAUUCAUUAUUCUACUAUAUAUGCCGGUAUGCAGAUUGCAAGUGAAAAAUUUUAUGGAACAUGGGAGGACAGUUUUGGGAAUUUGUUUAACUUUAAGGCAAUGGUUGAGCUUAAAAUUCCAGGGAGUGUGGUUGAGAUAGGGUUGAAAGAGACUGAAGACGGGGUGUACUUUCAAAGAUUUUUUUGUUGCUUCAAACCAAGUAUCAAUGGCUUCCUAAAUGGGUGUAGGCCAUAUUUAAGUGUAGAUGCAACGGCUCUUAAUGGUAGAUGGAAUGGACAGCUAGCUUCAGCUACUGCAUUAGAUGGGAACAACUGGAUAUUUCCACUUGCUUUUGGGUUGUUUGAAAGUGAGACCAAUGAAGAAUGGAUUUGGUUUAUGGAGCAGCUAAAGAGGGCAAUUGGAAGUCCACCUCAUUUAGCUAUUUGCUCAGAUGCAUGCAAGGGGUUGGAGAAUGCUUUGAAGGCGGUGUUUCCAUUGGCAGAAAAUAGAGAGUGUUUUAUCCACUUGAUGAAGAAUUUUUCUAAGAGGUUUCAAGGUCCGAUUUUUGGAAACAUGUAUCCAGCAGCUAGGACAUUUUGUCCAAUUUAUCAUGAAAAACUAAUGCACAAGAUGUACGAAGCAAAUGAUAGGGUGCAACCAUUCUUAGAGACAUAUCACAGCCUGCUUUGGAUGAGGAGCAAAUUUUUCGAAGAUAUCAAAUGUGACUAUAUUACAAACAAUAUUGCAGAAGUGUGGAACAAUUGGGUAAAGGACCUUAAGGACCUUCCAAUAGCCGAGCUAGUUGACAGUCUGAGAUCAAAGUUCAUAGAGCUCUAUGCAAGGAGGAGAGAUAUAGGUGAAAGAUUGGAAGGCCACACCAUGCUUCCAAAUGUUGUUCGCCAUCUCAAUGUUCUUAGUAGACAAUUGGGCAACUUGUAG